UCGAGUUGGAGUUCGAGUUGGAGUUCGAGUUGGAGUUCGAGUUGAAGUUCGAGUUGAAGUUCGAGUUGGAGUUCGAGUUGGAGAUCGAGUUGGAGUUCGAGUUGGAGUUCGAGUUGGAGUUCGAGUUGGAGUUCGAGUUGGAGUUCGAGUUGGAGUUCGAGUUGGAGUUCGAGUUGGAGUUCGAGUUGGAGUUCGAGUUGGAGUUGGAGUUGGAGUUUGAGUUGGAGUUCGAGUUGGAGUUCGAGGUGGAGUUCAAGUUGUUGUUCGAGUUGGAGUUCGAGUUGGAGUUCGAGUUGGAGUGCGAGUUGGAGUUCGAGUUGGAGAUCGAGUUGGUGUACGAGUUGGUGUUUGAGGUGAAGCUUGAGUUGUUGUUCGAGGUGAAGCUUAAGUUGAUGUGCUAGGUGAAGCCUGAGUUGAUGUUCGAGGUGAAGAUUGAGUUCAAGUUAGUUUUGAACCCAGGUACAAACUUGAAUUUUGAAAACAGGCUGCAAAAACGUGACUAAUUUUUAAUUUUUGCCCUGAGGAUAUGGCGUCCGAUUCCGAAGAUACGUUGGAUGGUUCACGACGCGAGCACAUUCAAGUUAGACGCAAGAGGAGAAGACUAGAGGUGCUGCCGCCAUGCCAACGACCAAGAAAGAAGACCCGCAGGAAUGUUCCAGCGGCAACUUGGUCUGUCGAGUGUGUUGCCCCAAUUGAUACUGCCACGCCGGUAUUUGAACGGCCUUCUGAGGUACUAGAAGGACAGCCAGUUCCACCGGUUGAGGCAAUCCCACCACAAGGAGUCACGUUGAACGAGGUACUACAGCUUAUUAGUUCUUUGCAAGGAGGGAACAAAGACAAGGCACAUCACUUAAAUAACAGUCAAUUAAAUAAUGUGGUACCAGAAUUUGAUCCCUCCAGCAAAGCGCAAAGCAUAGAUAGCUGGAUUCAUAAAGUUAAUGAAUGUGUUAAAAUAUAUGAUUGGAACGAGAAGCAGGCCAUACAUUUUGCACUUCAAAAACUUACGGGACUUGCAAAAAAAUGGUUCGAGUCUUUACCAUCCGUUGUAUAUAGCUGGGACGAAUGGCAAACGAAACUUAAAAAGGCUUUCCCCAACGAACAAAAUUAUGGUCGGCUUCUCGAAGAAAUGCUAGCUCGAACCACGCGUGCUGGUGAGCAUUAUCGUGAGUAUUUCUAUGAUAAGCUAACUUUACUAUACAGGUGCGAGAUCAGAGAAAAGAAGGCUGUACAAUGUAUAGUACAUGGCAUAUUAGAUAAGUCCGUUAGGAACGGUGCCCAAACUUUAAAUUGUGAGGAACCGGAAGAUUUGUUAGAUUACCUCAACUCGCAACGACCCCCUGACGUGUCUUUUAUUCGAAAGCAUAAUGAAGUCGGGCCUAAGCAGAACUCUUCUGCGAGUCCUUCAGACGAAACCCCUAUGACUUGCUUUAAUUGUCGCGAGAAAGGACAUUCUUUUAUUAACUGUCCUCAACCUAUAGUAAAAUGUCAAAAAUGCCACCGGGUAGGUCACGACUCUGCAUCUUGCAAACUCAAUCCUUUACACCUUAGGAAUGAUAGCAAAAGUAGCAAGACAACAGUUGCCGAAGAGCGUAAAGUUCUUUAGUUUUUCUUAGACGCUGGAAGCGACUGACUCAAUACGUGGUUCCGAAGGCGAAAAC